CGCACACACGCAUUUACACACGCAUUACACAUUCUGGCCACUAGUUAUUCGUAUGGCACCGGUUAUUCGCUGGCCACCGUGACCACCACCCCACCACAUCCCAUCGUCGUCGUCACACCCGACACCAAAAAUUACACCCAGAAAUUCAUACAAUUGGGAUACACACACACGCACCACAACCAACACCCAUCUCAUACGGCGAUCGUUAACCGGCCACCAACCCACCGCCGACGCGAGCUCUGCCGAUACAUUCCACCGAAGCCCUGCCGUUACAGUCGCUUCAUCACCAGGUCUAUGGUGGACGCCGUCGGGAUGGACACCGUCUGGGGUCACAGAAUC